GGCGGGGCCGGGGCUUGGGUCGGGGCCGGGGCCCCCCGGCUGCACGGAGGAGGAGGAGCGAGGCUUCGCGGCCCGCUGUCCCGCCGGGGCUGGGUGUGCGGCCGUUCGGGUUCGGCGGCACGAUGAAGAGGAGGAGCGAGCCCGACUUCGGCAGCCCGCAGAAGAAGCAGCAGAAGAAGGUGGAAGACCUGGGGCUGACCCUCAGCUCCACGUCCGACGACGAGGCGCAGUUCAGCAACCAUACCACGCAAGAGUCUUCCAGUAGCAGCAGUGGGUCUGAGAGUGAGAGCGAUGAAAAAAGACCAGUCUUCAGCAAUGAGUUCAAACAAGACUCUCUCGUGGAGGGUACUUCGUCCCGCUACUCGAUGUAUAACAGUGUCUCCCAAAAGCUCAUGGCCAAGAUGGGCUUUCGGGAAGGAGAAGGUCUGGGAAAAUACGGCCAAGGCAGGAAGGAUAUUGUUGAGGCCUCCAAUCAGAAGGGACGGAGAGGCUUUGGGCUGACCCUCAAAGGAUUUGAUGGGGAGCUGAAUAUUGAUUGGCAGGAUGAGCCAGAGCCUAGUGCCUACGAGGAGGUGGACUGGUGCCUUGAGUGUACCACGGAAAUCCCUGAUGCCCAGGAGCUGAAGGAGUGGAUGACUGUGGGGAAGAGGAAGAUGGUGAUUGAAGAUGAAACAGAAUUCUGUAAUGAAGAGCUUUUACGUAAUGUCCUGCGGUGCAAGAGUGUGUUUGAUGAGCUGGAUGGAGAAGAAAUGCGUAGAGCCCGAACAAGAUCCAACCCCUAUGAGAUGAUCCGUGGAGUCUUCUUUCUGAACAGAGCUGCAAUGAAGAUGGCAAACAUGGACCAUGUCUUUGACUACAUGUUUACAAACCCGAAGGACUUCCAUGGGAGGCCCUUGAUAAAGGAGCGAGAUGCAGAGCUGCUCUACUUUGCUGAUGUGUGUGCUGGUCCUGGGGGCUUCUCCGAGUACGUCUUGUGGAGGCGGAAGUGGCACGCGAAAGGAUUUGGCAUGACCUUGAAAGGACCAAAUGACUUUAAACUAGAGGACUUCUAUUCUGCUUCUAGUGAGCUCUUCGAACCUUACUACGGAGAAGGAGGGAUUGAUGGAGACGGAGACAUUACUCGCCCGGAGAACAUCACUGCUUUUCGGAAUUUUGUUUUGGACAAUACUGAUCACAAGGGAGUGCAUUUCUUAAUGGCUGAUGGGGGCUUCUCUGUGGAGGGUCAAGAGAAUCUGCAAGAAAUCCUAAGCAAACAGCUGAUGCUUUGUCAGUUUCUUACAGCACUGUCCAUCGUCCGGACAGGAGGACAUUUUGUCUGCAAAACCUUUGACCUGUUUACUCCAUUCAGUGUGGGGCUUGUUUAUCUGCUGUAUUGCUGCUUUGAGCGAGUGUGCAUCUUUAAACCUGUGACAAGCCGUCCUGCUAACUCGGAGAGGUACGUGAUAUGCAAAGGAUUAAAGCUAGGGACUGAGGACGUGCGUGACUACCUCUUCAUGGUGAACAUCAGACUCAACCAGCUGCGCAACUCCGAUGUGGAUGUGAAUCUAGUUGUCCCACUGAACGUGAUCAAAGGGGACCAGGAUUUCUAUGAUUACAUUGUCCAGUCCAAUGAAAACCACUGCAAAGUUCAGAUAAAGGCGUUAGCUAAAAUUCGUGCCUUUGUUCAAGACACGACGCUGAUCGAGCCACGGCAGGCUGAAAUCCGAAAGGAGUGUCUCCAGCUAUGGGGGAUUCCUGAUCAGGCCCGUGUUGCUCCCUCAUCUUCAGAUCCCAAGUCCAAGUUCUUUGAGCUGAUCCAGGGCACGGACAUUGAUACCUUCAGUUACAAACCCACUCCUCUGAAUUCCAGUACACUGGAAAAAAUCCGCCAAGUGUUAGAUUACCGGUGUAUGGUGGCUGGAAGUGAGCAGAAGUUCCUCUUGGGGCUAGGGAAAUCACAGAUCUACACAUGGGAUGGUCGCCAGUCAGACCGCUGGACAAAACUGGAUUUGAAAACUGAGCUGCCACGAGAUACCCUUCUCUCUGUGGAGAUUGUUCAUGAGCUGAAAGGGGAGGGGAAAGCGCAGCGAAAAAUCAGCGCUAUCCACAUCCUUGAUGUCUUGGUGCUGAAUGGCAAUGAUGUCCGAAACCAGCAUUUCAACCAGAGGAUUCAACUGGCGGAAAAGUUUGUCAAAGCUGUUUCCAAACCUAGCCGGCCAGAUAUGAACCCGAUCCGAGUGAAAGAAGUGUAUAGAUUGGAGGAGAUGGAGAAGAUUUUUGUGAGGUUAGAGAUGAAAGUCAUCAAGAGCUCAGGGGGAAUACCCCGGCUAUCCUACACAGGCAGGGAUGACCGGCACUUUGUACCCACAGGACUCUACAUCGUGCGGACUGUGAAUGAUCCCUGGACAAUGGCAUACAGCAAAAACUCUAAGAGGAAAUUCUUCUUCAACAAGAUGACCAAGCAAGCAACAUACGACCUCCCUUCUGAAUCCAUCGCACCCUUUCAUGUCUGCCAUUACAGCCGCCUCUUCUGGGAGUGGGGGGAAGGUGUCAAAGUGCACGACUCUCAGAAAAGGCAAGAUCCAGAGAAGCUAUCAAAGGAAGAUGUCCUGUCUUUCAUCCAAGCACACUACCCCUAACCCCCUGCCCUCUUGGGGGGUGCCGGGUGGGGCUGAGCCCAGCUUGGAUUCUUCAGGGACUGACAAGACUGGAGAGACUCCACAGCUGUCCUGGCCUUCUCCAGAGCUGAUUCCCUGGAGGUGAUGUAACCAGGAGGCGAUACGCAGAAGGCUCAGGACAAGGCUCUACCUUGGCAGUGUAUAUAAGAGUAGGACCCAGGUAGCGUGCCUUCUGCUCGAGCACCUAUGGUGACUCCUGGAGUCGAGGCCUAAUGCCCUUUUGUCCUGACCUACUGCGUGCAUGAGGCCAAGGGGCUGGCAGCUUUCUUUGCUCCUGUGCAAAUAUUCAGCCAGGUUUGUGGAGCUCUGCGUUUCAGGGCUCUCCAGGCUUGUGCUUCCCUGGCAGUGGGAAGGAGCAGAGGAAGGUGGCAGGGCUGGGCAACAGCGUGCUGAAGCAGUCCUGCCUUGUUCCUGGCAGCUGCCCAUCUCCUUGGCCUUGUGAAGGGCCUUCGCUACCCCGUGGAGGGUAUUAAUUCAUUGGGGAAUGCUAGCUUUGGGGUGCAAGUAUGGAUUCUUGUUGGUAUCUCCAACGUUUCUGCUAUUGAGGCACUUGGCUGGCCAUCGGCAAUUCCGACGUGAUGGUGUCCCACUGGACAGGAGCCAACACAGGUGAUGACUGGACUUCCUGGCACCGACUUGAUGUUUCAGUGCCAGAGGUUUCUCAGACCUCUACGAGCUGCUGUGAUAAGGAUUUCCCCUUUCUAGGUCAGUGACUGAUCCUGAGCCAGCAGUCUGGGGUUAAUUUGUGUCUGCCUCAUGGUAUGUCAGAGACCAAGGUGCUUUGGUUCUUGGUACCCAACAAUACUACCCAAAUCUUCAGGAAGGAAAGCAGAUGUGGGAGGGAAGACGAGGGAAGUUUACGAUGCUGGGGGUCUUUAGAGGAAAUGAUGGGAACAUCAGACUUUGAUAGUCUUUGUUAGAAGACCCAGGGCUUCAGCAAAGAGAGAUCUUGAUUUGACCAUGUUGGUUAAUAGGAAGAAAUUCUGUCCCCCAACUGUUCCCCUGGAAAGGGUAUCAGAGUUCCCUUUCUAAACGUCAGAGUGGGCUUUGACACCCUCCAAGUCUCAUCUUGCCCUGGCGCUACACCUGGGGUGAAGGCACAGAGCUGUGACACUCUCAGCAUGAAAUUUGUGUGUCAGCAGACUUCUCAACGUGUUUUUAUGCUGGGCUCAAAGUUGUCUUCUGUUGCAUGAUUUACCUUCAGUUCUGGCUUCCAUGGGGCUUUUGCCAGGUCUUCCACUUAAAUCAGAAGGUAACUCGCAGUUGACUGCUUUUAGCUAAGCAGUUACCCCCUUUUUUGUUUGCUUUUAAACACAGAAUGGCAGUAGGGAGGAAACUGAUUUAUGGGUUGUCUGAACUGUGCCUUAAAGAAAGCUGUAGUUCUUGGAACUAUAGCAGUUGCUUAGAUUCUUAUUUUUUCCCCCCAAAGUUGUAUGUAGGAUUUGAAAAAGAUCUAUGUAGUAAGACAUGGAAGUUCUCACUUGCAGGCAUAUAGGUGCAUGGGUACCUUGCACCCCUCCUGAAGAGGCCAUAACAAGGGUGGCAUGUUGCAGAAGUCUCAUUUUCAUCCACCUUUUAAGGUCCAGCAUCAUGUAUAGGUUUUGUCCUCCUCAGCAUGCAGCGAAUGCCACCCUACACAUAGGCCAUGCUCUCUGAGCUUGGAGCACUUCGGUGUCUUCACAAGCACGUAAUUUCCAUAUGCCCAUGUUUUAUUUCUCUGCAGUUUGGUAUAAAUGAACUUAACAGCUCCAUCUCCUUGCACCAGCCAAACAUAGGUGCAGGCUUGGUCACUGGAGAACCACACCCCUCGGCUACUGGCAACAGUUGAGGGGCUGCAGGUUGUCAAAAGGGCCUGUGGAUGACCUGCAGCUGCCCUCUAUUUUCAAGCAGAGGCAAAAUAUAAAUGAGAGAAAGGGUAGGCUUCCCCCCACAAAGAACAAGAGCUCUGUCACCGGCAGCUUGUUCUGGCAAAGGCACUUCCACGAGGGAUGAGGAACCUUCCCUGGGGGCAGAAAAGCACCUCCAACUGUGUGGUUUCCAGACCUGUGUGCAGUUGGCUUUUUAAAUCAGUAAUUUGAGGUCUGGCAUUACUGCAGCCAGCCUUGAGGCUGUUCUAAUGCCAGCAAAGCGUGCUGCUCCCUCCGCCAGGCUCCUGUGCUAAGUGUUACGUACUCCACUCAGGGCUCUGGUCUCCCCUGGGGGCUGGCAGGCAGAGGGGUGACCAGGAAGUAUGCUGUGGAGCUUGUAGGCCUUUGAGGGAGCAAAGAAAAUCCCCGUAGCUGCAGGCUAGCUUUUAUGAACAGAUGGUACUUCCUCUUUGCCCUGUUGCCUCCAGUUCCUCCCAGUUUUAAUUUGCUUUUAUUAUUUUUGAUGCACUGAACCAUGAUUCUGAAUCCCCCUUCAAGAAGGCAGGCAUGAGGCACUGUGCUGCUUGCUUCCUUGAUGCAGGGUGAACAUGGAGGAAUUCUGUUGGGAAGGGGGGUGAGGAAGGUCUUGCUGAAGGGAAUGUUUAUGUACAUUAAUUGCACAAUGUAUUGUUAUUAGGCUGUGUAUCAUUUUGUGUUGAUUUCUCUGCUUUCAUUGUCUAUUACCAAUACAGCCCCUUUAGUUCACAA